AUGGCUCGGUUUCAAUGGGAGGUCAAAUUUGAAAACUUCAAAACUUUGGGCUACUAUUUGAAGAUCAUGUUUAAUCACCAGAAAUGGAAGUGGUCAUGGUCUCAGAUAGCCACUGUUGCUUCUGUGAUUGUUCUGGUUUCACUCGUUCAUCUGUUUCUUGGCCCUGUGGUGCCUUCUUUUGAUUCUGUUAGUGUAAGGCAAGCUCAGAACCUCUGUGUACAAAGUAACGAAUCAACCACACGAGUGACUAAGGACUCAAGUGAACCAGUUGUUGCCUUUGAUCGCCGGUUUCCUGCUGACUUACACGGCGCAGUAGUUUAUCGAAAUGCCUCAUGGAAAGGCGAGAUCGGACAAUGGCUUUCAAGUUGUGAUGCAGUUGCCAAAGAAGUUGACAUCAUUGAGCCAAUCAGUGGGAGGAAAUGUCUGAAUGAUUGUAGUGGCCAAGGUGUUUGUAACCAUGAAUUUGGAAUUUGCCGUUGCUUCCAUGGAUUCACUGGCGAAGAUUGUUCGCAGAAGCUGCGGUUAGAUUGCAAUUAUGAGAAAACACCUGAGAUGCCAUAUGGUCGAUGGGUUGUUUCGAUUUGUUCUAGACAUUGUGAUACCACAAGAGCGAUGUGCUUUUGUGGGGAAGGCACCAAAUAUCCUAAUCGUCCAGCGCCAGAGUCAUGUGGAUUUCAAAUCAAUUCUCCAGUGAAUCCUGAAGAACCAAAGAUGACAGAUUGGUCGAAACCAGACUUGGAUAUUUUAACAACAAACAGUAGCAAACAAGGAUGGUGUAACGUGGAUCCAGAAGAUGCGUAUGCUUUAAAGGUGCAAAUCAAAGAGGAAUGUGACUGUAAAUAUGAUUGUCUUUGGGGACGGUUCUGCGAAGUGCCAGUGCAAUGCACCUGUGUUAAUCAGUGCUCUGGACAUGGCAAAUGCAGGGGAGGUUUCUGCCAGUGUGAGAAAGGCUGGUUUGGAACAGAUUGUAGUAUUCCAUCCACUCUCUCGACGGUUGGAGAGUGGCCACAAUGGCUUCGACCAGCACAUCUCGAAGUUCCAAGCGAUAAAAACGUCCCUGGAAAUCUCAGUAAUCUAAGUGCAGUGGUGAAGAAAAAGAGACCUCUUAUAUACAUCUAUGACCUACCCCCAGACUUCAACAGUUUACUUCUUGAGGGCCGGCAUUUUAAGCUUGAGUGUGUUAAUAGGAUUUAUGAUGAGAGGAAUGCAACGAUAUGGACAGAUUAUCUAUAUGGUUCCCAGAUGGCAUUCUAUGAGAACGUUUUGGCCACCGCUCAUCGUACACUGAAUGGAGAAGAGGCGGAUUACUUCUUUGUUCCUGUUCUUGAUUCCUGCAUUAUAACUCGUGCUGAUGAUGCACCUCACCUUAGCAUGCAGAAUCAUACUGGACUAAGAAGCUCACUCACGCUAGAGUUCUACAAAAGAGCUUAUGAACACAUCGUUGAGAAAUAUCCAUACUGGAACCGCUCAUCUGGGAGAGACCAUAUUUGGUUUUUCUCAUGGGAUGAAGGUGCUUGCUAUGCUCCUAAAGAGAUAUGGAAUAGCAUGAUGCUAGUUCAUUGGGGUAACACCAACUCUAAGCAUAACCAUUCAACAACAGCUUAUUAUGCUGAUAACUGGGAUCAGAUAUCUGAUGAGAGGAGAGGAGAUCAUCCUUGCUUUGACCCUCGCAAAGAUCUCGUGAUUCCUGCUUGGAAAGUCCCUGACCCGUUCUCAAUGCGCGCCAAUUACUGGGCGAGGCCACGGGAGAAGCGGAAGACACUGUUUUAUUUCAAUGGGAAUCUUGGACCUGCUUAUGAAAAGGGAAGACCAGAGGAUUCGUAUAGCAUGGGAAUCAGGCAGAAGCUAGCAGAAGAGUUUGGUUCGAGCCCUAACAAAGAAGGGAAGCUCGGGAAGCAGCACGCAGACGAUGUCAUUGUCACUCCACUACGUUCUGACAAUUACCACAUCGACAUAGCCACUUCAAUCUUCUGUGGUGUGUUCCCUGGAGAUGGUUGGAGUGGUCGCAUGGAAGAUAGUAUCUUACAAGGAUGUGUCCCAGUCAUCAUUCAGGACGGAAUCUACUUGCCUUAUGAGAACAUGCUCAACUACGAAAGCUUUGCGGUUCGUGUUAGCGAAGAUGACAUUCCAAAUCUCAUAAACACUCUCCGAGGAUUCAAUGAAACGGAGAUACAAUUCAGGCUGGCUAAUGUAAAGAAGAUCUGGCAAAGAUUCUUGUUCCGAGACUCGAUUUUGCUCGAAGCAGAGAGACAGAAAGCUAGUUUUGGACGUGAAGAAGACUGGGCUGUUGAGUUCUCUAGACUGAAACACGACGACAUCUUUGCUACUUUCAUACAGACUCUGCAUUAUAAGCUACACAACGAUCCAUGGAGACGAGAUCAGCUGGUGAACCGGACUAAAGAAUACGGAUUGCCUCAAGAAUGUCUUCAGAAGUUUAUCGGUUUGACGUUAAUUUCUUGGAACGAGCCAAACCGGUUCAUUAUGUCUCUCUCUUCCCUCUCUCUCGAAUCCAAUCCGAGAUUCGCCGUCGGCGGUCCAUAUCACCGCCGUUAUCCUCCGAUUCACCACCCUCGGAGCUUCGUCGCCUGCUCUGCUAAACGCCCGGCUGCCUCGGCGUCACUGAGCGUUACCACUGAAUCAGCCGCCACUGAGUCUCUCGGAAGAAUUGGAUCACUGAGUCAAGUAUCGGGUGUGCUUGGUUGCCAGUGGGGCGAUGAAGGUAAAGGCAAGCUCGUUGACAUUUUAGCCCAUCACUUUGACAUCGUCGCUCGCUGUCAGGGAGGAGCAAAUGCAGGACACACUAUAUACAAUUCGGAGGGGAAGAAGUUUGCUCUUCACCUUGUGCCUUCAGGUAUACUGAACGAGGAUACUACUUGUGUGAUUGGCAACGGCGUUGUGGUGCAUUUGCCAGGUCUCUUCAAAGAGAUCGAUGGUCUUGAGUCCAACGGCGUCUCCUGUAAAGGAAGGAUCUUGGUCUCUGAUCGUGCUCACUUGUUGUUCGAUUUCCAUCAAGAGGUCGAUGGGCUCAGGGAAUCCGAGCUCGCCAAGUCGUUCAUCGGCACAACCAAGAGAGGAAUCGGUCCUGCCUACUCUAGCAAAGUGAUCAGGAAUGGUAUUAGAGUGGGUGACCUCAGGCACAUGGAAACUUUGCCUCAGAAGCUCGACCUUCUGCUAUCUGAUGCAGCCGCAAGGUUUCAAGGGUUCAAGUAUACUCCAGACAUGCUCCGGGCAGAAGUCGAGGCCUACAAGAGAUACGCUGAGAGGUUGGAGCCUUACAUAACUGACACUGUCCAUUUCAUGAACGACUCAAUCUCUCGGAAGAAGAAGAUUCUGGUCGAAGGUGGUCAAGCUACAAUGUUGGACAUUGACUUUGGUACCUACCCUUUUGUUACUUCCUCCAGCCCAUCGGCCGGUGGGAUCUGCACAGGUCUUGGUAUCGCUCCCAGAGCUAUCGGUGAUCUCAUUGGAGUGGUGAAAGCAUACACUACAAGAGUUGGUUCAGGCCCAUUCCCUACAGAGAAUUUGGGCCCAGGUGGUGACCUUCUUAGGUUGGCUGGACAGGAGUUUGGCACAACAACUGGUCGUCCUCGUCGGUGUGGCUGGCUCGACAUUGUUGCGUUGAGAUUUUCUUGCCAAAUCAAUGGAUUUGCAUCGCUUAAUCUCACCAAGCUUGAUGUACUCUCGGACCUGAACGAAAUCCAGCUGGGUGUGGCUUAUAAGAAGAGUGAUGGCACCCGUGUUGAAUCGUUCCCUGGUGAUCUUCGUCUUCUCGAAGAACUGCAAGUCGAGUAUGAAGUCUUACCUGGAUGGAAGACGGACAUAUCCGCCAUCAGAAAUUACUCUGAUCUUCCAAAGGCUGCACAGCAAUAUGUUGAGAGGAUUGAAGAACUCGUGGGUGUGCCCAUUCAUUACAUUGGUAUUGGGCCUGGUCAAGUCCCAGAUGGAAGGGAAAUCAAGAUCGUCAUCGAAAUCAUAGCUUUCGAAGUUGGUGGAGUCGAACUUCAUAGCCGAGGGAGGAGUGGAGUGACACUCUGCUACUUCACUUGCUUCUGCUUGGCUCUUAUCCUUCAAGAUCCCCAUCUGCUGAAGAAACUCGUUCAGGUCGAUCUCUGGUUUCUUCUGAUCAUCAUCAUCAUCACCACCUCCAAACAUCUUGUCUGUUGCAUCCUUGCUGGUCUUUUCAUCAACAAGGCUGGUAUGAGUUUUGGAGUCGGUGGAGGAAGAGCUAGAUGA